GCGAGGCGGGGGGGAGACUAAACGCGCAAGCACACGCUUCACCAUGUACGAGAAAAUUGAGCGAGCGAGCACUAUAGAAGAGUUUCUUUCUUUGAAAGUUUACAUUAGUAAUCGGGUAUACUUCAGUUGUUUAUAUGACGUAGAUUUUUGAAGAGGAGGAACUGCAUAGACCUCUGCUUGCAGUCAGAGAGUCAGUCAGUCAGUCGUGAGACAGUCUUCUUGUGAAAAAGACUAAAAACAGUAUUCAGUUUUUCGAAAAAAUGGAAAGAUUAUUUCACGUAAUUCGAGUUACGUAUCCGGCGGAUGCGAGAUUGAUGGUACAUAAUGAGGAGCAACUCGUUGUGCCGAUAAGGCACUUAUUAGAAUUAAGGAUUACCAGCCCCCGCCCCAACAUCUCUCGAGACCAAAUUGAGAUAGCAGGAUUUAUCAAUAUAUCCGAUGCGAAAUAUAGGCGCUGGUACCGUCAGUGGGACCAGUGGUAUAAUGAAAGAGAGUGGGUCUGCAACGAGUGGGACCUGGAGGAUCAAUGGGACCUUCAAAUAUUAUUCGGAGAGCGGGUCUACCAGGAGGAGAUCUGGUGA